AUGCCUCCCAAAACGAAGUCCAAGAGGACUUUCAAAACUACCUCUUCUACGAAAUCAGCUACAACCACUUCAGAUGAACCUCCUGCGCCCUUUACGCGACCUCCUCCGAAGCUUGAACCAUUCUUAGAGAAGCUCUCAAAAUAUCAUAUAUACAUAACACAUAUCGAUAAACACCCGGCAGAUUUCAAGAAGAAGAUUUUCUUCGUUCCGGUGCUUAUGAAUGUUGCAAUCAUCGCAGGUCUCGCAUGGCGCGCUUCCGCUGUUUUCCCCUUUUAUAUGAAUAUUUGCUUUUUGUUGAUGGGAAAACAAAACGAGAUGACAGUCAAUACGCAAAAUGCACCAUUGAAUGACACAGGAUACGAGAUUUUACGUCGAGCUUCAAUUUUCAUGAUCGAUUUACUUUUAUACAUUUUUGUUUGGCCAUGGCCUCGGGACUUCUUUCUGGGGCGAACGAUUGGAAAUCCUGUAUCAUGGAGACUAGGGCUAGGUUUCCGCGAGAGAGAGAUUGUAGUGCGUCGAAGUAGGAAGUGGGAUCGAACAAUUGGUGAUUUCUUGAAGGAAGAUAAUGAAGCUGGGAAAGAAUUAAUGUCAUCAAAUGUGAGAAAGGCUAUUGAACCAUUAUGGUUAUCACAAAAGACUGGAUAUUUGAUGUUAAACAGAGAAUGGGAUUUGGAUUGGAAAGCUAUGAUACAAGCUACAAAUCUGGUUGAUAAGAAGACUAUGGAUCUUGAAGACUUUAAGACGACCGUUUUUGCAUGGCAUGCUGCUUACGGAUGGAUGGUUCAAACUGAAGCUCCAAUUGACCCAAAUAGUAAGGAAGAAUUAGGAAGGAAAAAGAUUACAGCUUUCAAGGACGAGUUAACAUUGAUGGGAAAAGAAAACCUUUUCUUCAAAUGGAUUGAAUUGGUUCAAUAUGAGUCCUCUAAACCUGAGGGAUUUGGUCCAGAACAACGAAAGGCCACAAUGGAGAAGGCCAGAGAAAUGUUUGAGGCACAAGGAGUCAAUUUUGAAGCAUUUUGGGCUAAGAUUGGUGGAACUGACGGACUACCUGGGAUGGAUUAA